ACUCGACCUACAACAUAAUAAUUUAAGUAAGACAAGUUUUACACACCAAUGGUGUGCCAGUUUCCAAAACUUGAUUUAUUUGAAUUUGAAAGGAAAUUUUUAUGAGGAAUAUCAACCAGACAUUUCAUCUUUGGUGCGAUUGGAAACUUUGAAAAUGGAUUUUGUGUAUAACAAAACAACAAUUCUGAAUAAACAGUUCAGUAAUCUCAAACGGCUAGAGCAUCUGGAUUUUUCUGGGUUAACAGGACAUUGUUCAGUGCCAUUUUUAACACCACAUACAUUCCAAACUGUACCACACGUUCGAAAUUUAACUUUGGCUAUGUGCAAAAUAAGAUCUUUGCAGAGAGGAACUUUUAAUAUGAUGAAAAAUAUUACAUUCCUUGAUUUAUCAGGAAAUACAUGUUUAAAAUUUCAGGUGUUAGAAAACGUAACAGCCGACAUUCAGUUUUCCGCAAUCAAAAUUUUAAAAGUCAACAAAAUCCAUAAAGUCUUCGACAUGAAUACAUAUUUGCAGACCACUCAUAUAAGGCAUCUGCAUAACACAUCAAUCCAAGAAGUUCAUAUGGACAGCAACCGUCUUCAGCAAGUAGAACCUGGUGCUUUGAGAUUUCUCCCCAGGACAUUGAUCUAUUUGUCAGUUAAAGACAACAUGUUUUCUAUAGGACCAUACCUGUAUGACUUACUAACUUUAUCAUUUGAAACUGUAGAUGCAUCCGGCAUGUUUUCUUUUCACAAGGAAGAUCGACAUCCUGAAAGAUGCAACUUAGACCUUGUGUGUACUUGGCACACUGAUGUAAGAUAUAAUGACUUUAAUGAUUCUAAAUUUAAACAAUUGUUUUUUGAACAGGGUGAAUUUGGUAGAACGCUCAUACCCAUACCUUACAACCUUAAGAAAUUAAUUUUCCGGGGUAGUGGAUCAAAAUAUAACAUAACGGAAGUAGACUUAUCAAAUAAUAAGCUAGAAAGUGUUGAUCUGAGCAACAAUAUUUUGACACGUUGGAUUGGCCCCUUAAAAAAUGUAAAGGAUUUGAGAUACUUAGAUCUUUCUUCAAAUAUGUGCUCGAACGUUUCGACAUUCUUCUUCAGUCAAGACUUCAUCAUGUUGAAAGAGCUGUUAUUGAGUAAUAAUUUACUAGGACUGGCUUUACCGUAUGAUAUCCACGGAAACACAUUCCAACACUUGUUAAAUGUAAUGAAACUUGAUUUAUCUCAAAAUAGAAUAUCAAAAUUACCUAAACUGAUUUUUAAGUCUCAAAUCAAAAUGGAAAUCUUAGAUCUGAGUGACAAUUUUAUCGAAAAUAUUGAUUUUCAAUUAUCACAUUUGAUAAAUCUGUCAUACCUAGAUUUAAGAAAUAACUUAAUCACAUUUAUCGAUAGUCAUACUAUUGUUGAGAUUAAUUCCUUAGCUGACAACAGAAAACAUCUGUCUAUAAACAUGUUGGAGAACAAACUGGUUUGUACAUGUAAUUCCAAAAAUUUUAUAGAUUGGAUGGGAAGUACGAGUGUUCAUAUUGUUAAUAAAACUCAUUACUUUUGUCAAUUAUCAACAGGAGAACGUGUCCUCAUGGAAAAUAUUCCCGAACUCUACAAAACAUUGGAAAAAGAUUGUACAUCGUAUGAAGUUCUUAUUUAUGGAUUAGUUGUAACAAUUUUAUUUUUUCUAAUUGUUCUUAUCAUGGGUGUUUGUUACCGAUUUCGAUGGAAGCUAAGGUAUUUCUAUUAUAUGGUGAAAAUUAGAUCUCGAAGUAAGAUACCACAUAUCGACGAAGAUGAAAAUGUAUACAUGUAUGACGCCUUCGUGUCUUAUGCAGAUGAAGAUCGAACAUUUGUUCAUACACAGUUACUUCAAACACUGGAAAAAGAAAAUGGUAUUCGGCUAUGCUUACAUAAGAGAAACUUUUUACCCGGAAAUGAUAUAGCAACUAAUAUUACUUCCGCUAUUCACAAUAGUCGAAAAACUGUUGUCAUUAUGACUUACCAUUACCUGAAGUCUUACUGGUGUAUGUUCGAAUUUAAUAUGGCGAGAAUGGAGAGUAUUUACGAACGCAAUAACGAAAAUGUACUUUUCCUUGUGGUCUUUGAGCAAAUAUCCACUCGUGAUUUUCCCAUGCAUAUCUUAGAAGUCGUUCAAUCCCAAUCGUACAUAGAAUUCCCAAACGACGAGCAAGGUGACGUAGUAUUUUGGCGGCAGCUUGUUACUGCAUUGGAAUAACAUUGUAGCGAAACAUUUUAAAAUAUAUGAUUUGUGUAAAAGAGUUAAAAAUCCCAAGAUCCAACCACUUUCUGAUAUAUCAUUUUACUAAUCGGAGAGAAACAGGUACAGACAGAUAUCUCUUACCUAGUAUCUAAGUAUGGGCUAGCGCGAACAGAGUAGUAGUAAAUCUAAGUAACGAUUUCAG